UCAAAGGUCAGGAUUUUGACUGGGAAAUUAGGACAUGAUUGUCAGGGCCCAGGAAGACUGGAAUGCUGGUCAAAGGUCAGGAUGGGGAAAGGAAGUCAGCAAUGGCAGGGAACAUCUGCGGAAGCUUCUACUCAACUUCAGGCUUUCAAGUUUCAAACCUCCUCCUGAAGUCAGUGAGUGGCUUCCUCUCAGCUCACAGAUGAGUGCUGCAAAGACUGAAGAGGCGUCCACAGGCCUGCUGAAGACAAAGCCCACUACUCCAGACUGCCUGCAAGAGGUAGAAAUGGGUAAAAAGCUCCAAGGAAAAUGUCUCAGCAUCACCUCUCCUGAGUCUCGUGCUAAGCUUUACUGCUGCUAUGCAGUGAUCACAGUCCUCACUGUAGCAGUAAUUGUGCUUUCUGUUGCUCUGUCAGUAAAAAAGACUGAACAGGCCCCAGUGAAAAACACCUAUGCUGCUUGCCCAAGACACUGGAUUGGAUUUGGAAAUAAAUGUUUUCAUUUUUCUGAAUCCACAAGUAACUGGACCUUCAGCCAGACCUCCUGUGUGGCACAAGAUGCCCAACUUGCUCGAUUUGACAACCUGGAGGAGCUGGGUUUCCUAAGUAGAUACAAGGGGACUUUGGACUACUGGAUCGGCCUGCACAGAGAGUCUCCACAACUCCCUUGGAGAUGGACAGACAACACUGAGUAUAACAGCAUGUUUCCCAUCCGGGGAGUGGAAAAUUAUGCCUACCUGAACAACAAUGGGGUCAGCAGUGCCAGGAUCUAUGCAGACCGAAGAUGGAUCUGUAGCAAACCCAACAGCUAUACCCUCCAGUGCUAAAAUCCUUUUUCUUCUUUCUAGCCUUUGCCAAAAGAUGCUUUUAGCCUGUCAUCUACAGUUGCUUCUCUUUCACAUCUUCCCACAUUGCUAUCAAAAGGAACUUAGAAUAUUCUUGACAUCCCAAAUGAAAACCAUCUUGAAGAAGUGUACAUACAGGGGAUUAGAAGAACAUGGAUGAGAGUCUAACAUAGAUGUCGGCACUCAGACCUUAAGUGUAAAGUACAAUUGUGUUAGUGAAUCCCACUUUUACUUUUGUGCAGAGAAGUCUUUCUUUUGAGUCUAUGAGACCACAGAAAUGAGUUCCCAAAAGUGUGUGUGGAUGUUAUAUGGUGACAGAUACCUGUAAGGUGAGCUACUUAAGGGUUGAAACAGGAGAGUCACAGGUUCACAAGUGAGAAGUGAAGCUCCCAUAAUGAUAGGAAAGAUAGGAAUCUGUAGCAUCUGAUAAUUUGGGAAACAUAUUGUACGUUCCUUUCAAAAUUUAUAUCAACACACAGAAAAUUUAAAAUUUAAAUGAAUUUGAAAUUUAAAAUGUAUUUGAAACUAAAAUUUAAUUUAUGCUCUUUAAAACAUAAGAGACCCUGGCAAAAUUUUCUUCAUUUUUUAAUGUUUUUACUUCCAGUUUUAUAUUUAUAAGUAUAAUUAUAUAAUUAUACUGUUCUAAGUAUAAUCCAUUUCAUAAACAAAUGCGAUUUUAAUUUCACCACAUUUAUCUAUUUAUUUAUAAAUCACAGUUUAUUUUCUAUGUUUUUUAUAUUUCAUUAUUUAUUAAAUUUUUAUUUUUAUAUUAAUUACAGUUUAUACACCUUGUAUAAACUUUAUACACCCAGCUGUACUCCCGUCCCUCAUCCCUUCCCAAUCCCAUGAGAUGAGGGAAGGAAUCCAAAUAAUCCAAUUAAAAAACGGGGUACAGAGUUAAGCACAGAAUUCUCAGCAGAGGAAUAUCAAAUGGCAGAGAAACACUUAUUCAAGAAAUGCUCAAAAUCCUUAGUCAUCAGGGAAAUGCAAAUCAAAACUACCCCAAGAUUUCACCUUACACCCAUCAGAAUGGUUAAUUUCACCAUUUUAUUGGAUUUAUUUCACAUCAAAUUGGAGUUAAACUCCUUAAGUACUCAAUACUUAAUUUUGCACUAGCAUGCAUGUUAUUGGGUCCUAAAAAGAAAGUAUUUAAAAUCUUUAUAGAGUUAAAUACACUGAACUGAUGAGUCCCAAAAAGGACAAAAUAACAGGCUACAAAGCAUCUCCUGAUUUUUCUUUCUCUCCGUUUUGUUCUGUAACGGUUUGAUUUGCCAACAGGGGGUGGGGGCAUGUAUCCAUGGUAGACCUCCUGGUCUCUGAGAAAAAAAGAUGAGGUGGGGAAAAGGAGGAGAGGGGAGAGGGAGUUGGGAGGGGAAAGGAGAUAGAUGGGUGAUGGAAGUGGGAGAGUGGGACUGGGAGGAAAAGAGAGAGGGGAAGCUGUGAUUGACAUAUAAAGUAAAUAAACAAAACAAAAAAGAGUACAUUUA